CCCUGCGAGAGUGGAGUUGUCUGAAGCGGAGUCUUCGUCCAGCGGGCAAGUCUCUUCACGUAGCGUGACGACACGGGCAAGGCUUCGCCCAAUCCCAGGAAAAAAAACUGAGCUCAGAGAGAAGAACCAACGCUUCAGUUCACCAAAUACGUUUCUAUAGAUCUUGAAUGUCUAGAGGUGAUGCUGGGGGUGGCCGGAGUGACGGGCAGCAUCGCCAAUGCCCUGGCCAGUGCAGCCUGUGAGCGAUGUAAGAGUGGCUUUGCUGCCACUGAGAAGAUUGUUAACAGCAAUGGAGAAUUGUACCAUGAGCAGUGCUUCGUGUGUGCCCAGUGUUUCCAGCAGUUUCCGGAAGGACUCUUUUAUGAGUUUGAAGGCAGAAAAUACUGCGAGCACGACUUUCAGAUGCUCUUUGCUCCCUGCUGUCGCCAAUGUGGUGAGUUCAUCAUUGGUCGUGUUAUUAAGGCCAUGAAUAACAGUUGGCACCCUGACUGCUUCUGCUGUGACAUCUGCCAGGCUGUGUUGGCCGACGUGGGCUUUGUCAAAAACGCUGGCAGGCACCUGUGUCGCCCGUGCCAUAAUCGCGAGAAGGCCCGCGGCCUCGGCAAGUACAUCUGCCAGAAGUGUCACGCCAUCAUUGAAGAGCAUCCGCUGAUCUUUAAGAAUGAUCCUUACCACCCCGACCACUUCAACUGCAACAACUGUGGGAAAGAGCUGACGGCUGAAGCCAGGGAACUGAAAGGCGAACUUUUCUGCUUGCCCUGCCAUGACAAGAUGGGCGUGCCGAUCUGCGGCGCAUGCAGGAGACCUAUCGAGGGGCGUGUGGUCAAUGCCAUGGGCAAGCAGUGGCACGUCGAGCAUUUCGUUUGCGCCAAGUGUGAGAAGCCAUUUCUUGGCCACCGCCAUUAUGAGAGAAAGGGCUUGGCUUACUGCGAAACGCAUUAUAACCAGCUGUUUGGCGAUGUGUGUUACCACUGCAACCGUGUGAUUGAGGGCGAUGUGGUGUCUGCUCUCAACAAGGCCUGGUGCGUCAGCUGUUUCUCCUGCUCCACUUGCAACGCAAAGCUCACCCUCAAAGAUAAGUUUGUUGAAAUUGACCUGAAGCCCACGUGCAAGCGUUGCUAUGACUGUUUGCCCGAGGAGUUGAAACGCCGCCUGGCCCGCCGUGAGCGCGGCGCCAAAGAGCGCAAGAAAAAGCCCGCUGCUUCUCAGUAGAAUUCUUUGAUAAGUCGCCAUCGCUUCUGCC